AUGCAGGAGCUCGGCCCCUUCCGCGUGACCGAAGACAACAAAACGCUCAGCAGAAACCUAAACUCCUGGAACAACGUGGCUAAUCUGAUCUUCCUGGAGUCGCCUGCUGGUGUUGGAUUCUCCUACUCCAACACGUCUUCGGACUACGACCUCAGUGGCGACGAGCGGACCGCUGCCGACGCGUACGUCUUUCUGGUCAGAUGGCUGGAGAGGUUCCCGGAGUACAAGGGCCGCGCCUUCUACGUCUCCGGCGAGAGCUACGCCGGCCACUACGCGCCGCAGCUCGCCGCCACCAUCCUGCUCCACAACACGUACAACAACAGAACCAUAGUCAACCUUCAGGGCAUCUUGGUUGGCAACCCUUAUCUCGACGACAAGAGGAACAAUCAGGGGACGAUUGACUUCUUCUGGACCCAUGGAGUGAUGUCGGACGAGGUCUACGCCAACGUCACCAAGCACUGCGAUUCUGCAGGUAAAGCAUGCAGCGGCGCCUGGGACGCGUUCGACGCCGGCCAGAUUGAUGCGUACAACAUCUACGCCCCCGUUUGCGUCGACGCGCCCGACGGAGCGUAUCACCCCAGUGGCUACCUGCCUGGGUAUGAUCCGUGCAGCGACUAUCCUACUAUUGCCUAUCUCAACGAUCCAGCGGUGCAGGAGGCUUUCCACGCUAGGAUGACAGAGUGGUCGCCCUGCAGAAACUUUACGUGGAAAGACGCUCCAGUGACGAUGCUCCCAUCCAUCAAAUUCUUGAUCGAGAACAAGCUUCCCGUUUGGAUAUUCAGUGGUGAUUUUGACUCCGUGUGCCCUCUUCCGGCGACGAGGUACUCCAUUCAAGACCUUGGCCUUCCUGUGGCCACUCCAUGGCGCCCAUGGGUGGCAAAGGAGGAGGUGGCAGGAUAUGUCCAGCAGUAUGCCGGAGGGUUGACAUUUCUAUCAGUGAGAGGUGCCGGUCAUCUUGUCCCGUCCUUCCAGCCUGAGAGGGCGUUGAUAAUGUUGACUUCUUUCCUGAAAGGGAUGCUCCCGCCUUACAUACAAGACUAG